CCCGCCUUUUAGAAGAAAUGAUAACAAUCCUGAAAAAUGAAACAGAAACUCAUGCGUCUAUAAAACCCACGGAUGUUCAAUUAGGUAACAUAAUUCUUCAACGCUCUUCAGGUAACACCAUUCUUUAAGAUGGCAAAGGAGAUGGAGAAAAUAUACAAGCUUUUAGAAAACAACAAACUAGAAACAUUUUAUAACCGAUUCCUUGAAUUAGGGAUUGUGGAUGUGCAGGAUUUUAUUGAUGGCGUAACUGAUGCAGAUUUGGAAAGCUUUAGUUUUACAAAGGUUCAGAAGAACAGAUUUCAAAAAAUGAAAGAUGACAUUCUGAGGCUUGGCCAAGGAUCAGCAGUGACAAAAUCACUAGAGGCAUAUUGCCUUUAUUAUUCAUUCCCAAAAUGUCAAGAGCGCAAACCAAUAAAUGAUCUGGACCAAUCCCAAAACACAAUAGACGAUCUUAUUCUGAGGAUUUGCAUCAGUGAGAACAUUAGUAACCAAAUGACUGUGUGUCUGUUUACUGCUAAUGGAAUGCCCCUGACAGACGAUCCCUUUUUCAAUACAUGGUCCCUGAAAGACAGGCACAUUGAAAAUGGGAGUGAAUUGUAUGCCAUAUUUACACCAAAAGAAAAUGUAAAAGAGAUUCCAAAUGACCACCGGCUCACCGACAUAAGAAAUGAAGGCCCAGAUAUUGUCUACUGUCAUGUGAUGCUAAAAGGCAGGUAUGAGGUCCAUGUGGACUUGGAACAUGAUACAUUGAUUCAGUUGAGAGGAAGACUUUCACUUGAGAGUAGAAUACCGUCACAUGUGCUUCACCUAAAAGACUAUGAAUGGAAUGCCAAUGCAACACUAUGUGACCUUGGGAUUGAUGAAGAUACAGUGCUGCAUUUCUCUUUGUCUUCAUUUCCUGACAAUGCACCAGAUAUGAAUGAAUUCUGCCACAGUGAUAUCACACCAUCAGUGAAACAAACAGACAAGGGCCUCAGUGCUUUUUUCUCAGCUUUAAAUAGCAUUAGAAUUACACGUUAUGGAAAGGAUUUCAAGAAAGUGAUCGCAUACAUUCGAAGAAUCAGUGGAUGCAGCCCCUUAGCCCUGAGCUUGUUUCAGACCAUUUGCCAAAACAUGACUGGUACAAGGGUCCAAAAGAUUGCCAUUGUAGAAGGGCUUUACUUUCUCUUCAGGGAAUUGCUGCCCAGCCUUACAAAAAGAUCAGAUGACAGAUUCAUUGAGGAUAUUGAUGUUUUUGAGCAUGCACCCGUUUGCUGGGCUUAUCUAAUAUCUCAAGCAGAGAAUGAGAGCAUAGAGCAUGAAAAUUAUGCUACAAUGUCCAUGAAGGCGCAAUCAACAAAUCUGCGUUUAUCUGAACCAGUGCGUGUACCAGGAGUGCCUGAGCUUUUUGAGAGGGCAUAUGUGCUGGAAAAAAUCAGAGAUGGUGAAAAAAUUCCUAACUGCAGUGAGAUGAACCUUAGAGAGACAUCACUUAUGAAAGCCACUUAUGUUGAAAAGAUUUUGCUCAGUCUACCUCCAUUUAUGGAAUACUUCCCUCUUUGGAUUGAUCAUAGAACUACGCCUGAUUCCUGGUAUGCAAGCUUUAACAUCAACCCAGAGACAACAUUUGCCCAAAUGAAUGAGAAAGUUGGAAAUUAUCCUUACUUGGUUGUUACUCCACCACUACAACUAAAGGCUGUCGGAAUUGAAGGAUCAUGCUUGGUUCUUCUGAGUCAUGAAAAAAUUGGUAUGUACGUCCGUAAAGACAAAAUGAUUCCUCAACAUAUUCUCGUUUUUGACCCUCUUUCUGGAAAAAACAUCACAGUGGAUGUAAAUUUACUGGCUAAUACAUUAAGAGAUGCCAGAGAAGACCUAACUUUCAGAGUCAGUAAGCCACCAAAAGAGGCUAUUGUGGUGCUCUUUGAUUCAAGUUCCUCCAUGGGUGAGGAAUGUUUUGAUGAAGACUGCAAAAUGAAACGAAUUGAUGCCACCAAACAAAUAUUUGACAGUUUUGGAAACCGAUGCAUGGCAUACAAUCUUGAGCACAUUAUCUGCCUUGUGAAAUUUAACUCCAAAGUAAAAACUCUACAUACAUUCACAGAAACAGUGGAAACCUUUAAGGUGUAUGUUCACAAACUUCGGGCAAAUGGAAGAACAUUAUUGUAUGAUGCAUUAAAUCAUGGACUUGAAGAACUUAAAAAAGUCAGAGAGCAGUUUCCAGAUUGCAGAUGCCGCAUCAUAUGCUUGACAGAUGGUGAAGAUGUUGGAUCACAGUCUAAUCCAGUUAAUGUUGCAACCCAGCUGAUGACCUCAAAAAUUGUUGUUGAUGCCGUGCUUCUUGGUACAGUCAAGAAUAAUGUGUUGCAUGGAAUAAGCAAUGUUACAGGUGGUUGCUGUUUUAAACCUGAAACAAGCAAAGCAGCCUUGCAACUCUUCGAGAUGGAAUCAGUCUUGUCAAUGGAAAUGAGGAAGAAAAAGAAAUGCUUUGAUAUAUCAUCUGUUACUAAAAUGGAGGAUCUUCAGAACAUUUUUGAGACCUAUGGCUAUGAUGUCAAACCAGAGGUGAAACUACCUCCACAGAUACACAACAAAGUGACAAUGACAGAAAAUGCUUUGAAAAAGAAAAUCAUGGAAUCCAAGACAGGGCGCUUUUUGGAGAAGGACAAAAGAAUUUUGGAAGAGCUCAAGAAUCUUCACUGUGACCCUCACCCUUUCUGCACAGUGCUGCCUUCAGAGACAGAUUUCACCUUUUGGAAGAUUCUUAUGGAAGGUCCUUCUGAUACUCCUUAUGAAAAUGGAGUCUUUGAGCUGUAUUGUGAGUUUGGUCCUGAGUACCCUGUGAAACCACCUCUUGUGAGAUUCUUCACCUCUGUUUACCAUUGCAAUGUGAAUAGUGAGGGAAGAAUCUGUCACAACAUAUUUGACCGAAAUUACUCAGCCCACAUUACCAUGAGAGAGAUCCUGGAUGCCAUAUUUGGGCUCAUGAUCGCCCCUGAACCAAGUGAUCCUCUGGAUAGCAUUUUGGCAGAAGAAUUCCAGUUGGACAAACACAAAUAUGAGGAAGAAGCCAGGAAAAGCACAGAACAGAAUGCAAAUUCCUCAGUGGAUGAACUGGAAAAGAAAUAUGUGGGUCCAGAAUUAGCCAACAAGGUCAUACCUUCUAAUCUAAUUUGUUCUCUGACAAAAAAAUUGUUUGUUGAUCCAGUAAAAACUAACAAGGGAAUGCUGUAUGAACGGCGUGCUAUAGAGCGUCAUCUACGGAAGCAUGGAACUAAAGAUCCACAGACAAAUGCAUUGCUACGAAGAACAGACUUAAAGCCAGACAGGGAUAUGAAAAAGUGUGUAGAGGGAUUUCGCAGAUCACAGAUUCAGGAAACCACUGAUUAAAAAAGGAUGACUAGAUUGUAUUCAGAUUUAUUAAAUUAUGAGUUGCUCAAGCCAUCAGAAGCUUUCAUAUUAUUUAUUUUUUGUUUUUAAAUACUUCGUGUUUUCGGGCUAAAAGGGAAGCUUUAAUUGUUUAUUAUAGAUGAUGUCAGUUAUCCAAAAUGUUGUCAGUUGUAUGAUUUACUCUGUUAGUCAAUCAACAUGAAUUAUUGUUGAUAACAUAUAUACUGUAUGUAGUAACAAAUUAAAUAUGAAAUAAGUAAUGCUAAAACAUGUUGAUUUUAAUUGUUGUAUAUCAAUUGAAUUUAGUAUCCUGCUUUUGGUGAUUUAAUUUUGCAAAUAUUGAUCAAAUAAUGACAAUGUCUAUUUUUCUAUUUUCUGUGUUUCUUCCCGUUCAUAUCCAUGAGAGGAUGCCAAAUGUUUUUUUUAUACCUUGAAGACUUGGUGAAGAGGGUAAAAAGCCAAAACAAAUCUUUAUCUUUUUAAUGUUUUUUAAAACUUUUGUACAUUCAUAUUUAGAAAUUAUAUUUGACAUUUUUUGUUAUCAUAUAUAAGUGCAAAAAAAUUGGGAAUUUGUUGAGGGAGAAAAACAAUAAAAGUAUUAAU